GAAGAGACACGGCAAUAAAGAAUCGAGCAGAGAGUGGAAUUCAGAGGCCGGAAGAAUAAAGGGCAGGAGAGGCAGGACCAUGGAUCAUCACACAGCUCAUCGUUCACAAAUGUCAGGAGCCCAGCAGAUCCAUGAUUGACAUGGACCCGGCCACAGUUCCAAUAAUGCUGUAUUCCCGUAAUAAAAAGAUUCUGACAGCCAAAAGGGCUGUGCGGUUAGGAUCCAUGCCAUGUUCGUAGCAAGCCGCUUCACGUGGCCGGCCGUUCGAUCAGCUCGCCGCAGUUGACUGGGACGUUGAGGCGGUCGCGGUGGUUGGCUGCUGCUGCGUCCUCGUAUCCGAUUAGAGAUCGAGCUGAGAGAAAUGGGGAAGGCGGGGAGGUGGCUGAAGAGCUUCCUGUCAGGCAAGAAGGACAGGCCGCAACCCGAGGCAAUGCCGGUGAUGGCGUUGCCUCCAGGGACCCCGAAGGAGAAGAGGUGGAGCUUCAGGAGGCCGGAGCCUGCAGGGAAAGGUGCAGAGACACCGGCGGCGGGACGCGGUGUGUCGGAUGAGGGACUUGGUUUGUCGGCGUCGGAUAUCGAGUUCGAUCAGAAGAAGCACGCUGUGGCGGUUGCGGUGGCAACCGCGGCAGCCGCCGACGCUGCGGUGGCCGCGGCGCAUGCCGCGGCCGCGGUGGCACACCUGUCCUCUCGCAGGGGGCACCUGCCGGCGAGUCUCGUCGAGGACGCGGCGGCGGUCAGAAUUCAGGCAACCUUCAGAGGCUAUCUGGCGAGGACGGCUCUGUGCGCGCUGAGAGGCAUAGUGAAGCUGCAAGCUCUGGUGCGAGGCCAACUGGUGAGGAAGCAGGCGAACGCCACGCUUCGGUGCAUGCAGGCUCUCCUCAUGGCGCAGUCACAGCUGCGCGCGCAGCGCAUGCGCGUGCUCCAUGAACACUACCCGCCACCGCCAAGACCACGGCAGUCUCCGCAGCACCCGAGGCACCGCCGCUCCUACGAGAUGGAUAUGUCCUGCGAGGAGAACGCCAAGAUCGUCGAGAUGGACAUCGGCGAGCCCGUGCGGCGAGGCGCAUCAAAGGACAGGCAGUCUUUCGUCGAGUACCACGGCCGGUGCUCGCCGGCGCCGUCGGCAAUGACCGAGCUGAGCCCGAGGGCCUACAGCGGCCACUUCGAUGAGUUCUCGCUGGCGACGGCGCAGAACAGCCCACAGGACGCGUCGGCGGCGACCUCCGAAGUGUGCCCGAGCUACAUGGCCAACACCGAGUCGUCCCGCGCCAAGGCCCGGUCCCAGAGCGCGCCAAGGCAGCGCAUCGACGCGCUGGAGCGGGAGCCGAGCCGGAGGAAGGGAACCCCGCCGAGGAGCGCCAAGAUGCAGCGGUCGUCGUCGCUGGUCGGCGCGGCGGCGCGCGGGGGCGGGCAGUCCCCGUGGUCGUCGGGCGUGAGGCUGGACGCGUCGAGCGCGUCGCUCAAGGACAGCGAGUGCGGAUCCACCAGCUCCGUGCACACCGCGGCCACCGUCUACAGCCGGACGCGGUCGCUAGUCGGGUUCGAGGUGCGCCGUGCCCUGUACUGAGGUCUUGUCCCUGCCGUAUGCUAUGGAGCAGUGGCUUCAGUUCUUCAGAUGAUACAAAUCGGGAGCUUCAAGCUUGCUUGUGAAAAGUCUGCUAGCCUCGUCGACGUGUGAUGUGUCUGCCACCCAAGCGGCAAGAGAGCAAUGUGGCUAGUUCAGAGUUGGCCAUAGACGCGUUUCAACUGUACAUUUUUGUAGAUCAUUUGCUAUGAUUCGUAAGGUAGCACGUAUCAGGUAAUACGACACUCUGCACAAUGUAAUAAGCUCGGAUUCUAAACCCUUGUGCAAUAUUGCUUAGCUGUGAAGAAGCAGGAGGCUGCACCAUCUUAAAAAUAAUAAUAAGCGGGAUCGUUUGUAAUGUAUCAUCAUAAGAUGGAACUGCAGUA